AUGCACUUCAACUCCAUCGUCCUGCCUGCGCUCUUCACAAUUGUGAGGGCAGCUGACGAUGGCAUCCACCUCACCUAUGCCACGGCGACUAUAACACAAUGCUUCACUCAAGGUGGUCUGGCCGUCCCUACGGUUACUGUCGCCGCCCCGAGCUGCAUAAUCAAGCCGCCAGCUGUCACAGGAGGUCCCAUCAUCGUCGAGGUGCAAGCCCCUGACUGUGACUGCGGCUGCCCGACUUGCGUGCAGACUCUUGAGUACACCACCAGGUACCCUGCCUUUUGCUCCACUGGCCUCUACGACCAAGAGUAUGUCAUCACCGAGACGUACAAGGGCAUGGAGGCGAAGCCCACCAUGGACCAUGAUCUCCCCUUUGGGUUCACGUAUGAUGUCCAGACGUGUACCACCUGUGGUCCUGAGCCUGUCACUGCUACCAUCACGUAUCCUGUUUCGGACCGCCCGUACAUCAACCAUGUCACAUACCCAACCGAGAAGCCCAUUGCUGUGAAGCCCACCGACAGUGAUAAUGGAUAUGAAGCACCAGAAGACUCCAAGUCUGAGGACAAGUCUGACUACCCAGGAGGCCAGAAAGGUUCAUACCAGGACGAUCCUUACUUCCCAGGAGCUCAAGAAAAUUCAAGGCCUGAGACUGAGCCUUACAGCCCAGAAGGCCCUACCCCUGCCGGGGGUUCAAACAACAAGCCACAAGGAGAAGCCGCACCCAAUGCUCCCGCGGGCGACAACCACGGAUUCCAAUCCAGUGUCAGGCCAAGCUCAGCUACUGACUACCCAGAGAGUGCCCACCCUGGAAUGCCUUCAGAACUCCCAGUUGUCGUAUCGGGUGCUGCCGGUCGCAACCUGGGAUUGGCUGGUGUGGCCAUCGUCGUUGCUGUCGCUUUUGAGUCUCUAUUUUCGCUUUGA